UGUAACAACAAACAUCAUGGCGGCUGCGGCUCCGUGUGCUGGUGCUGCCGACGUUUUUGCGAAAAAUCAGGAUGCUUCAGUCGCGGAUAAAGACAGUGGGUUGUCGGAAAGUUGUAGCAGGGGAAAACCCGUGUGUCUGAUAGUGUUGGGAAUGGCGGGCUCCGGAAAAACCACCUUCAUACAGAGAUUGACAGCUCAUCUUCACUCUGCCAAAAGUCCUCCCUACGUCAUUAACCUGGACCCAGCUGUUCAUGAAGUACCAUUCCCAACAAACAUUGAUAUCCGAGACACUGUGAACUAUAAGGAAGUGAUGAAACAAUACGGCCUCGGACCAAAUGGAGGCAUCGUGACAUCCCUCAACCUGUUUGCCACGCGCUUUGAUCAGGUGAUGCAGUUCAUAGAAAAGAAGCAGCAUAAUCAUAGGUAUGUGCUGAUAGACACACCAGGUCAGAUUGAGGUAUUCACCUGGUCAGCAUCGGGAACCAUCAUCACAGAAGCUUUGGCUUCAACUUUUCCCUGCGUGGUGGUUUAUGUGAUGGACACAUCUCGCAGUGUUAACCCGGUCACCUUCAUGUCCAACAUGCUGUAUGCCUGCAGUAUUCUCUACAAGACCAGGCUGCCAUUUAUCAUCGUUAUGAACAAGACAGACAUCAUCGACCACAGCUUUGCAGUGGAGUGGAUGCAGGACUUUGAGGUUUUUCAGGAUGCUCUGAACCAGGAAACCUCAUAUGUCAGUAAUCUGUCCCGCUCCAUGAGCCUGGUGCUGGAUGAGUUCUACAAUAACCUGAGGGUGGUGGGCAUGUCUGCAGUGACGGGCAGCGGAUUGGACAAGCUUUUCACAGAGGUGGAUGCUGCUGCCAAAGAGUAUGAGAUGGAGUAUCGACCUGAAUAUGAACGACUCCACAAACAGCUGGAGGAGGCCCAGAGCAUAAAGCAGCAGCAACAACUGGAGAAGCUCAGAAAGGACAUGGGAGCUGUCGACAUCACACCGACAGUGCCCUCUGCAGAUGAUGCUGGGCCCAGUGAUCUAAUCAUGACACGUGGUAACCCUGACGAUGGCGAAGAAGAGGAAGUGGACAGUGACACAGAUGACAUAGAUCACAAUCUUACAGAGGAGAGCAAAGAGAGCGACGCCUUCAGUAACUUCAUGAAAGAGAGACGAGAAGUAGUUCAGGUUCGAAACAGAAAGGUCAUGUUGCCUGAAGAUGAACAGUGACCAUGAUCUUGCUGGAAUCACAUCCUCCCCAACCCACCUUCCUAAAAAAGGAAAGAAAGAAAAGAGGGAUCUAUUGCACUGUUACUAUUUUUUUUUUC